AUGUCACAGGAGACAGACAAUAAGCGUCUGGUGGUGGUGGUCCCCAACGAGAGCUCCUACCCCGCAGUGCGGCGGGCCUACACCAGUGAGGACGAGGCAUGGAGGUCGUACCUGGAGAACCCGCUGACAGCCGCCACCAAGGCCAUGAUGAGCAUCAACGGGGACGAGGACAGCGCCAACGCCCUGGGUCUGCUCUACGAAUACUACAAGGUGCCUAAAGAAAAGAGGAUUCUGCCAGUUCCCAAAGUCGCUGAAAUUACAGAGGAACAUGAUAGGAGGGCAUUGCCGAGCAACCCCAGCAGCGAGGUGGAGACAGUGGACAACCGUGUUCAGGUCCUCAGAUCUGUCCCCGUCAACCUGUCACUGAACAUGGAGCACCAGGAGAGCAAACGGGAGCACUUCAGCAGCUCGACCGACGCCGUGUCAGGGGACGGAGCCUCGCCAGCUAUGGCCCCGGUGAAGGCCGAGGUGUACGCGCCCGGCUUCAUGACGGGGGCGGGGCUUCACUACAGGGUGGAGGGAGAAGAGUCAUCGAGGGUGAUCUACGAACAGAGUCCGUACGAGGUGACCACCGUCAGUCACAGCUCGUAUGUGAAGGAAGACGAGCAGAGUCCGCCUGACAGUCCGUAUGAGGAGGAGAGAAAUGGGCGUUCUCAACAGAAGUACCACACACCUUCCUCUCUGGCUACAGAUGACUUCUUAUUUCACCAGGAAGGAGUUGACAGCUUCCAGUACACGCUGGACGCCACUCGCUCACUGCGUCAGAAGCAGGGCGAGGGGCCGAUGACCUACCUGAACAAAGGCCAGUUCUACGCUGUGACGCUCAACGAGCUCAGUGCCAACAAACGCCUCCGUCACCCCAUCAGCAAAGUUCGGAGUGUGAUCAUGGUGGUGUUCAGUGAAGAUAAGAACCGAGACGAGCAGCUGAAGUACUGGAAGUACUGGCACUCUCGGCAGCACACAGCCAAACAGAGAGUCUUAGACAUCGCUGAUUACAAGGAGAGCUUCAACACGAUCGGCAACAUCGAAGAAAUCGCCUACAAUGCCAUCUCCUUCACCUGGGACGUGAAUGAAGAGGCCAAGAUCUUCAUCACAGUCAACUGUCUGAGCACAGACUUCUCCUCUCAGAAGGGGGUGAAGGGUCUUCCUCUGAUGAUCCAGAUCGACACGUACAGCUACAACAACCGCAGCAAUAAGCCGCUGCACAGGGCUUACUCACAGAUCAAGGUCUUCUGUGACAAGGGUGCAGAGAGAAAAAUAAGGGACGAGGAGAGAAAACUGUUCCGCAAGAAGUCAAAAGGUAAAGAUGGAGGUGUAGGCGUGAUAACCGCUGCCAAGAAGUCCGACACCACCUAUUUCAAGACCAUGGGCGACUUGGAGGCUCAGCCCGUACUCUUCAUCCCCGACGUUCACUUUGGCAACCUGCAGAGAGCCGGACAGGUGUUUACCUUCAACACAGAGGAGAUGGAGAGAGAAGGGAGUGUGCUGGUGAAGAGGAUGUUCAGGCCGUCAGAUGAAGAUCUGUGUCCGUCACCUCCCAAACAGAUCAAAGAGGAGACACACAAGAGAGUGCUGUUGUACGUAAGAAAGGAGACGGACGAGGUGUUUGACGCCCUGAUGCUGAAGUCUCCCACGCUCAGAGGCCUGAUGGAUGCUAUAUCAGAGAAGUACGGAGUGGCCCCAGAGAGGAUAGCCAAAGUGUACAAGAAGAGUAAAAAAGGGAUCUUGGUGAACAUGGACGAUAACAUCAUCGAGCAUUACUCCAAUGAAGACACCUUCAUCCUCAACAUCGAGAGCUACGCAGAUGCCUACAAGAUCACGCUGACUGAGAUCUGA